UAUAAAUCUGUGUAAAUGCCAGGGGAACCAACUGUUAGUUUGAAGAAAGCCAUAAACUCCUGUUGGAGAAAGCACAGUUUGACCCUGUUCAUUGAAGAUUAUGUAGCUUAUAAAUAUUGUGAAUUCCAUAAAGUGUUGAAUAAUUAUAUCAACCCAUAGCAAAUUUAUUGAGAUUUUUAAUUUAGACCUCUUUCAUCUUUCCCCUGCAUGACCCACCUUUCUCCCCCAUAAUCAUGCCAAAUUUCUGGGAUGUCAGAAUCGCAUUUGAUUAAGAGUAAGAAGACUAAGGAAGAGUUAGGCCUUGUCCUAGCUCUGUUUCUGACUAGCACGUAACUUUGAGCAAGUUAUUCAUGCUUUCUGGCCUAUAAGAUCUAGGAUGUGCUAUUGCUUGAGGAGUCAAGGGAAUAUUAGGUGAAGAUAAUGAAAAAGAAAAAAAGUACUAUUUAGGCAAUGUAACAUAACAUGAACAAUAGCUGCCACUUAGCACAUAGAAAUAUUUCCUAAGGAACCUUCUUGGUCUGCGGGUGGCAAUAGUAGCUGAGCGUGCGAGGGAGCCGUUUCUUCUCCUAGUAGCUCUCUUCCAGGCUCGGUCCGGCAUGGUCGGCAUGGACCGUGGAAAUCAGCGAGAACUUGCCCACCAGAAAAAUAUGAAGAAAACCCAGGAAAUUAGUAAGGGAAAAAGAAAAGAGGAUAGCUUGACUACCUCUCAAAGAAAGCAGAGGGACUCUGAGAUCAUGCAGCAAAUGCAGAAGGCAGCUAAUGAGAAGAAGUCUAUGCAGACAAGAGAGAAACAACGAAUGGCCUUUUGGAAGACCUGUGUGCUACAGCCAAUUGGGUGCAUCAUAAGCUCUAAGACCAAGAUUUCUUAAGAGUGAACAUUCGUUACAUAUAUUAUAACUUAUCUUUAUAAAACUAUUUUAAACUUUACUUUUCAGCCUUAGUGUGAUAUUUUAGGACUGUUCUUCAAAGAAUAAAGUACUAACCUUGCAUGUGAAAAAAAAUAAAGGAAUAUUUCCUAAGAAAGCUCUGAUCCCCUUUAACUCUUGUGAAUGUUAUUUUUAUUUUCCAUACUU